AAAUCCAUGGUUAACUGAGCUGCAGUUUGAUCUUAGACCUUUGGAUCUGAUUUAUUUUUUAAAUCUGAGUUUAGACACAUCUCCUGCACUUGCACAUCUCACUGUCUAAUUUUUCAAAAAAAAAUUUAAAAGCUUCUCUUUGCCUAAAUAUCUCAAUUUUGGACUUUCUGAGGAAUGCAGCGUGUUUCUGUCCGUAUUGGUGAGGAGCAGCUGAUGGUGCUGAUGGUGCCAUGCCCUGACCGGUUUCAGACUCUGCGCUGGCUGGGUGUGGAGGCCCUGAGACGCUGCGCUGAGACUCGGCCUGGUGAGGGGUUGAGCAGUGAGGAAGAGUUUGUGAUCAGAAGUCGUGCAGAUGGAAGACUGUUAGAUCUGGAGGAAUCUAUCAGCAGUGCACUGGAUGACGGUGACUCCAUUGAGCUGUAUAUUCAUGGAGACACUUGGAAACAAUCGGAUUCAUUAUCAUUGUCUGGGUCUGCUAAAAUAAGACAAAAUCAGUCAAAUCAUCAAGAGGAGUAUAUCUAUUUGGAUGGAAAUAGCCUCACAACUGUUGAUUUGUUCAGUUUGGGGAAAGGCCUCAUUAAGAUUAAGCUGAACUCUGAAGCAGAGAAACGUGUGAGCAGAGCCAGAGACGUCAUUGAGAAGAUCAUAUCUGAUAACACAGUUGUUUAUGGUGUUAACACAGGCUUUGGGAAGUUUGCUGGGACUGUGGUGAGAAAAGAUCAACUCAAGGAGCUGCAGGAAAAUCUGGUCCGCUCCCACAGUGCUGGCGUUGGACCCCCCUUGAGCCCAGAGAGAACACGGAUGCUGCUUGCUCUCAGGAUUAACACACUAGCCAAAGGUCACAGUGGCGUUUCCCUGGAGACUCUACAGAAAAUGGUGGCAGCCUUCAAUGAGUCCUGUCUGUCCUGGGUUCCUGAGAAGGGGACAGUGGGAGCGAGUGGAGACCUUUCCCCCCUGGCUCACCUCGCACUGGGGCUAAUGGGAGAAGGCCGCAUGUGGUCUCCACUCACUGGUUGGACUGAAUCAAGCACUGUGCUGGAGGCUCAUGGCCUGACCCCCAUCUCACUGAAACCCAAAGAGGGCAUUGCUCUGAUUAACGGGACUCAGAUGAUGUCAGCACUGGGUGCUGAGGCAGUAGAGAGAGCGGAGGCUGUUGCCCGACAGGCUGAUGUUAUUGCUGCACUUACACUCGAAGUUCUGAGGGGAACCAAUAAAGCCUUUGACAAAGAUGUUCAUGCAGUGAGGCCUCACCCUGGGCAGACUGUGGUAGCCCAGCACUUCCGUUCCCUUCUCCACUCUGACAUCUUCCCAUCCGAAAUCGCAGAAGAUAAACCAUAUGAUCGUGUUCAGGAUGCUUAUACACUUCGAUGCUGCCCUCAGGUGCACGGAGUGGCCGUGGACACCAUUGCUUUUGUGAAGAAAAUCCUCAACACUGAGCUGAACAGCGGAACAGAUAAUCCAUUGGUAUUUGCUGAGCGAGGAGUCACUCUUUCGGGAGGAAACUUUCAUGGAGAAUAUCCUGCCAAGGCUCUGGAUUUCCUGUCUAUUGGAGUGCAUGAGCUAGCGAGCAUUAGCGAGCGGCGUAUUGAGCGGCUGUGUAAUCCCUCACUCAGUGAACUUCCUGCCUUUCUGGUGAAAGAUGGUGGCCUCAACUCAGGCUUUAUGGUGGCCCACUGUACUGCAGCUGCCCUGGUGUCUGAGAAUAAGGCGCUGUGCCACCCGGCCUCUGUGGACUCCAUAUCCACCAGUGCUGCCUCGGAGGACCACGUGUCUAUGGGUGGCUGGGCAGCCAGGAAAGCCCUGAGAGUGGUUGAGCAUGUGGAGCAAGUCCUUGCCAUAGAGUUGCUAGCAGCCUGCCAAGCCCUGGAGUUCCACCGGCCCUUGAGGACCACAGCACCGCUGGAGAAAGUCUAUGAGCUGCUGCGCUCUGUUGUCAGCUCCGCCCCUUCGUCCCAGGUGUUUCCUGUUUCCUGUGUGUGUGCACCUCUAUUUAAGGCCAUGGGACAAAGACCGUGUCAUGAGCUCUGAUAUCGAAGCAGCUCACAAGCUCCUCCUAGAGGAAAAGGUGUGGGAGGCAGUAUGGUCGUACAUAAAGAAGUACAAGAAGAGUCACCAUGAACAUCUGUCUUCAGCUGUCUGAAAAGCCCCUUCACCUCACCUCAGCUCAAUUCCAUCUAACACGACAUUAGAUUAAAGCAGGUUAUUAUUGGAAGCAGCUCAUUGUGUAUUUAAGAACUCUAACUUUAAGAUUUUAAUUGUUAACAGAAGACUAUGUUAGAAGCAAAAUAAUUAAAGUAAAAUGGAAUCAAAAAUUAUACAAGCUUCAUUGUGUUAUCUUUCAUAGUUUCUAGGUCAGUAUGAAAAAACUGUAUAACAUUAAUACUUAAUUGUAAGCUGUGACAGUAAACCUAAUGCCCAGAAUUACCAGAAGUAGGGCUAAAAUUUUGUAAUCAACUAAAUUUUUU